CCCUGGCUUCCAAGUGACGAAACCAGCUGUAAUUUGAGAGCAGAGAGAUCCUCAGGAUAUCAUUAGCCAAAGGAAAAGCUCUGCGUUCCCACCCAGUCCAGGAGUUGAAACAGUAUCAGAGGGCAAGAGCCUUUUUCUCCAGCUACAGGCUCCAUCUCCGAGGAGCGAGUGGAACUCCGAGAGCCAGAGUGGGGCCACCGAGACUGCGUCCAGCCAGAGCCCUGGAGGAGGGGUUCCCUGUCAGCCAGGAUCCCACCAGGAAACAGCCGGCUGAGUUCCAGCCAUCGGAGCGCAGGAGCACAGAGCGCAGGAGCUCAGAGCAAGGGUGCAUCCCGCGCUGCUGGCUGCGGGGGCUGCUACCCAGGCUCUGGGGCUGCAGCCACAUGAAGCCAGCUGGGGAGGGGGGGCCAGGGUGCAGCAAGCCAGCCGGGACUGAGGCUGACGCCGUCUCAGGGAGGCACUGACUCCCCAGGGGACCCCCCUUCCUCGUGCCUGGGCGACAAGUCUUCUCCAGGGGCCCCCGGUCCUCCUGGAUAUCCAGGAUGGUGUUCAUGAAGUUCCUCUGGAUGGGUUUUCUGUGCCACCUGUGUCAGGGCUACUUCGAUGGCCCUCUCUACCCAGAGAUGUCCAACGGGACUCUGCAUCACUACUUUGUGCCCGACGGGGACUAUGAGGAGAACGAUGACCCCGAGAAGUGCCAGCUGCUCUUCAGGGUGAGUGACCACCGGCGCUGCUCCCAGGGGGAGGGGAGCCAGGCCAGCAGUCUGCUGAGCCUCACCCUGAGGGAGGAAUUCACCGUGCUGGGUCGCCAGGUGGAGGACGCCGGGCGCGUCCUGGAGGGCAUCAGUAAGAGCAUCUCCUACGACCUGGACGGGGAGGAGAGCUAUGGCAAGUACCUGCGCCGGGAGUCCCACCAGAUCGGGGAUGCCUACUCUAACUCGGACAAGUCCCUCACCGAGCUGGAAAGCAAGUUCAAGCAGGGCCAGGAACAGGACAGCCGGCAAGAGAGCAGGCUCAACGAGGACUUCCUGGGGAUGCUGGUCCACACCAGGUCCCUGCUGAAGGAAACGCUCGACAUCUCUGUGGGGCUCAGGGACAAAUACGAGCUGCUGGCUCUCACCAUCAGGAGCCAUGGGACCCGGCUAGGUCGGCUGAAAAACGAUUACCUUAAAGUGUAGGUGGAAGGGCACAUUGCUGGGAGCCGGCAUCAAAGCAGCCCUAUCGCAGAGGGUGGGGGACAGAACGGGGCUACCUUUUCCCUUCUGCUUGUUAUUUUUAUAACCAGAUUUGCACUUGGAGAAUGAUCCGAAGUGAUCUUUGAAAAAAAAAAAGGAGUGAGAGUUGAGUGGUUUUAGUUCUGUUCAUUAUUUAUGUGCUUGCCAUUGAUUUGUCACCUGGAAAGAACAAUUUAAAGCCACGCCUCCCAUCUUUCCUAGAGGGCUUUAUAACUCUGCAGAGACACCUGUUUCAGCCACAUCUAAACGGACACAGUUCGUGCAGUAGGGGCUGACUAAACUGCUCCAUCCUGGAGGUGAUGUGAGAAAACCCAGGGAGCAUAUGCAGAGCAUCUUUCUGCCUUCAGCCUUCUCUCUUGGGCUCUGAAAGCUGUCAAAGUUGCCUGUUUCUCAGAUGAGGUCAGAGGUGCCGCUCUGCACGCCUGCCAGAGGAUGGAAGUUGCCUGUUUCUUCUCCUUUUCCCUCUUAUUUAUUAACCAUGGUCUCCAAGGUUUUGUUUGUAGUUGUUUUCUUUUGGGUUUUGGUUUUGGGGAUUUUUUUUUUUUGAGAGUAUGGGCUAGAAACUAUAUGCAAAUCGUCUUUUGCAGGGAGAUGUCUGCAGUGCCUCUGUGGGGAGUUGCAAAUUAAAGGGGCCACGGUGAAGAAGUCUGAGCUCUGUGGUUACACACUCAUGCUGAUAUGCUGAUUUGCUGUUUCUCUCAUUGUGUGUCUGUGUCCUCAGUGCUGCAGUCCAUCACAAAGAAGUAGGUAGGGUGCCUGGACACACCCCCAAAUGCUUGUGACUUAGGUUACCAAUGUAUUCUUUCUCAUUUGGGGGCUUUGCUUCUUUUUUGCUUAUUGGAAACUUGUACUCUAAGUAGGGGGAAUUCUAAUUCUCCUAACUCCUUAACUAAGUUUUGUUAUUCAGCCAAUAAAUACGUUCUCGUACAA